UAAUAGAAUUUAAUUAAGUUUUCCACUUCACUCCAUCCAGUAAUCUUGCUUCGUGGAUCUCGAGAAGCCCGAGUCCGCAACAAACUAUCUAGACCUACGUUGUCUCGGAACUAGCAGCGGCAGAACUCCGACGGGAAAGAAUUCCAAUAAAAACUUUUCGGUGUCAGUCCACGUUGCUGUAGUAGGCCCGGAAAUGUCUGCUAAACUAUUCAUGCUUGUGGUGGCGGCAGUCGUCCUCGUAUCUGGCUUGACACUUUGCGAGGCCCAAGCCCCCCCAGCGGCUCCCACCUUCGAGGAUCUAGUGAAAGAGCAUGAAGCUAGAAUGCUGGCCGUUCUGAAUCUGAUGGUUACCGGGUCGGCGGCACCGCCGGAGGUGAAGGAGACCGUUCUCGCCAGUGCCCAGCAGGAGUUGGCCGACUGUGUCCAACAGGCGUCCACACAUGUCAACCACGGUUUGUUCUACGCCUGCACCGGAUCGGUGCUUAAAAACACAAGCAGCGCAUUAGGCGUUCACGCCUCUUCCGGGGCAGCCAGCUCGGGAUACUAAUAAUAUGGAGGACAUGUUUGAAUUGUGAUAAUUAUUUUUAAUGGUUAAUUGCGGAAUAAGAUCAGCAUAUUUUUAAAGCACACAA